AUGCCAUCAACAAUAGCAAUCGCCAAAAACUACUUGUGUUUCAAACUCCCCUUCUCAGAGUACUCGUUCUCGUUUCCUUCCGUUCCUUUUUCAUGGCAUACACAUACACAUACACAUACCACUGCUACUAUCUCAGAAGCAGACACAGACACAAGCACCAUAUCAGAAGAGAGUCCUCUCCUUCCUCACCAACAACAACAGAAUACCCCCAAAUCCCUCAAAGAAAAAUACGGCACCUGCACCACCAUCCUCCACUACGGCACAUCCAGCUCCGUUCGUCUUUACACCAACACCACCACCAACACCACCAAGAAACAAAAAAUAAUCCAUGUGAUCAAAACCCUCCGCCCAACCCCCUCCUCCACAAAACAAACCCUAAAAUCCACCCUCGAGUCCCUCCUCUCAUCAACACUCUACCAUCCACAUCUCCUGCACACAAUCGACAUCAUCCCCAACUCCCGUGGAGAAACAUGUCUGGUAAGUGAGUACUGCGAAUUAGGUGAUCUCGGGACGUAUAUCUCCUCCUCUACUUCCCAUGGGGAUAGUGUUAUGCCAGUGAGAGAAGCAGAUAAGAUUCUGUAUCAGAUAAUGAGCGCAGUGGAGUUCUUGCAUGAGAUGGGGGUGGUUCAUGGGUGUGUUUGCGUGGAGAAUAUUUUUCUCUCCCACUCUGACUAUUCUGAUGGGGUUUGUGUCAAGGGGUUAUCGAUGGGGAUAGGGAAGUUUGAGGAGUUGGAGGGAAGAUGUGAGAGGAGGAAGAGGAUUAAUCCUUAUGCUGCGCCGGAGGUAUUUCAUCCUUCUUCUCCUUCUCCUCCCUACUCUUCGGCUUAUCGUCGACGUGGGUAUGAAACUUCCAGUGGGAUAGUAGGGGAUGAUCCCCGGGCUGUGGAUAUCUGGGCUGUCGGGAUUAUAUACCUUGUCCUGAGACUGGGGAGGAUUCUCUGGCGGAGUGCGAGUGAGGAGGAGGAUGGGCGGUAUGCGGAGUAUCUUGCUGGGAGGAAGAGGAGGGAGGGGUAUGGGGUUAUUGAGGGGUUGGGAGGGGCCCAAUGCAGAAACGUGGUAUACGCGAUGCUAAACCCCGAUGCCAAUCGACGGAUCAAAGCAUCUGAAGUGAUGAGAUCGGAGUGGAUGUAUAACCUUGAUGUACAUCAAUAA